AUGCUCCGAAUAUUAUCCCGUUGUGCUCCAAGCUCCCUCCGAUCCGGUCUGUGCCGUACCUACAACACCUACAAUGCGGCCGUAGCAAAUCUUACAGUCCAGCAAGAAGAGCUUCGGGAGAAUGUCUACACAUUUGCUCAGCAAGAAUUGGCCCCAAAAGCCCAAGAUUUCGACAAGAACAAUGAGUUCCCUAUGGAGAUGUGGAAGAAGUUCGGCGACAUGGGUCUUUUGGGUGUUACUGCUCCAGAAGAGUACGGUGGUCUUGGUCUAGGCUACCUUGAACACACUCUGGUUAUGGAAGAGCUCUCGCGUGCAAGCGGAUCAGUAGCUCUGAGCUAUGGAGCCCAUUCAAAUCUCUGUGUUAACCAAAUUACUCGCAAUGGAACAAAGGCCCAGAAAGACAAGUAUCUACCUAAACUUAUAUCUGGUGACCAUGUUGGUGCCCUCGCUAUGUCUGAGCCUGGUUCUGGCUCAGAUGUGGUCAGUAUGAAGUUGCGUGCCGAGAAAAAAGGAGAUCACUUUGUACUCAAUGGCAACAAGAUGUGGAUUACCAAUGGACCUGAUGCCAAUGUACUUGUAGUCUAUGCUAAAACUAACCCCGAAGCAGGACCCAAGGGUAUAACUGCAUUUCUUAUCGAAAAGACAUUCGAGGGUUUCUCUACCGGACCAAAAUUAGAUAAGAUGGGCAUGCGCGGGUCGAAUACUUGUGAACUCAUUUUUGAGAACUGCAAAGUACCAGUCGAGAAUGUCUUGGGUCAAGAAGGAAAGGGCGUAUAUGUAUUGAUGAGUGGACUUGACUUGGAAAGACUGGUUCUUUCUGGAGGUCCAUUAGGUUUAAUGCAGAAUGCACUUGAUGUGACUGUACCGUAUGUCCAUGAACGCAAGCAAUUUAAUGUACCGAUUGGCGAAUUCCAACUUAUCCAAGGCAAACUCGCUGAUAUGUACACUAAACUCAAUGCUUCUCGGUCCUAUGUGUAUUCUGUCGGUCGUGCUUGUGAUGCAGGCCAUAUAUCAAACAAGGACUGUGCCGGUGCAAUUCUGUACAGUGCAGAGAGAGCUACUGAAGUAGCUUUAGACGCAAUUCAAUGUUUGGGUGGUAAUGGCUACACAAAUGAGUACCCAACCGGCCGCAUCCUCCGUGAUGCCAAACUCUAUGAGAUUGGGGCAGGCACGAGUGAGAUUCGUCGGAUGUUGAUUGGGCGGGAAUUCAAUAAGCAAUUCAAAUAGGGCAAUAUCAUGACCAAAAUAAAAUGUUCGAGCAUUUUCGUGCUC